UUGGGACCAGCCCAGUUAUCUUAAGUAAGGGUAUAACGGUAAUUACAGGAAGCUUGGAGAAAAAGUUUCAGACAUCUACAAGAAAGCGGAGUUUCUCUUCUGUCUAUCGUGCCUGUAAACGCCCUAAGAUCUAGGGCCCGGUGGGGACUCAGCCCAUGUUGUCUCCUUCGCGGAGACUCGGAGUUUGCGCAGUCGGGAUUUUCGGUCUACGGGCUUUUCUCUAACAGAAAAACCCUAAGGUCUGGCGCCAAGAAAAUCUGGUUAUACAAAGAUGCAGUUUCGUGAGUAUCGAGAGCAUCAUCAAUGGCGGAUUUUCAGCCGAAUUCGAACAUUUUCAGCGUUCGGAUUGUGUCUAUAGAUUUCGACAUGGUCCCUCCUAUUCCUGAUUUGGAUAUUUGCUACAGUAGUUUUCAAGGUGGGGGAGUGAAUGAGGUUCCAGUCAUCAGAGUCUAUGGUUCAACUCCUGCUGGGCAGAAGACUUGCCUGCACGUUCAUCGAGCUUUGCCCUAUUUAUAUGUUCCAUGUUCAGAUAUUUCACUUAAUCCACACCAAGAAGGUGAUGCCUAUACACAUGCUAUAUCUCUUGCGUUGGAGAAAUCCUUGAAGCUUAAAGGCAAUGUUGGAUCAAAACGGCAACAUGUACAUGGUUGCAGCCUUGUACGUGCAAAGAGGUUUUAUGGCUACCAUGGGUCAGAGGAGCUAUUUGUAAAGAUAUAUCUUUACUAUCCACAUGAUGUUGCUCGUGCUGCCAGUCUUCUUUUGGGAGGUUCAGUUCUUGAUAAAAGUUUGCAGCCAUAUGAAUCACAUAUUCCCUUCAUCCUCCAAUUUCUGAUUGACUACAACUUGUAUGGAAUGGGUUACAUACAUCUAUCCCAUAUCAAGUUCCGCCAUCCAGUGCCAAAUGUUUUCUCCCCAAGGAAUACAGAUUACAAGAGUUUUCAGGCAGAUUCAAGGACUGGUGCAAGUUUUGACUUUCCAGUCUGGAUAUCUUCCACUAUUCCCAGUGAUUGGAUGUGGCAUCUUUCUAAUGAAUUUGAUGGUUUGAAAGGUUCACAACUUGACCAUGUCAAACGUCAGAGUGCUUGUGGACUUGAGGGUGAUGCUAAUGUUGAAGACAUUCUUAAUCAACAAUUUAAAAUGUAUAACUCCCUCUCACAAACCGGCUCGGAUGUAAAAAUGGUCCAGUCACUUAUUCCAAUUUGGGAGGAGGAGUAUGAAAGAAGUGGAAUGCAUGAGCCAACUGUACCUCCUGAAUCUGGGAAACCACUCCCUGGAGAUGUUCUGAAAACUCUAUCACUUGAUCUUGGAUUUGAAAAUAAAUUUGCAGAAUUGUGCAAUGAAGCAGAAGAGAUUUUAACUUUAUCUCAAAGUGAUGAGAAACCUGUGCAGUCAAUGGCAUCAUCUGCUGAUGAGGAAAAUUUUUCUGCACUUGCUCAUGUCAACCCUGACAACACUAAUCUGCAAGUUUUACAUUGUUCCAGAGAGAAAAAUAUACUUAGAUCUCUGUCAACACAAGGGCUGCAAUGUGAAGAUAAAAUAGAUGGAACACUCUCAGAAGGAAAGGAUACUGAAGAUAUGGAAGCUUUAGAGCUCCUAAAGUGGCUUGCUUCUUCUCAGGCUGCUGAAGAUAUAAAUUCAGAUGAUGAACUUGUUAGAGAAACAAUUCUUAGCCCCCUGUUGCCUGCAACAACCAUUGACAAGGUACUGGAGAAAGCUAAUAUGGAUUAUGAGAGUGAGUCCCAAAAGGAGUGUCAGGAUAUCCUUGAUUCCGUUGAAGACUUUGUUGAUUUUGAGGCUACGAAGGAAAGGGCUUCUAAUAGUGUUUUCCCUUGCAAUCAUCUUCAAUCUUCAGCUGAUGAAAAGAUUCCUCAAUUGGAUGGCUCUGGUGAUGAUCCUCAUAUGUCCCCUUCUGCUGGAUCAACUGAAGAUUCAUUGAAGUUAGAUACUAAAAGUGAACCUAAAGAGACACCCCAACAAACAUUGGUUGAUACUAACAAAAGCAACAUUAGUAAGGACAAAACUAGAAAUUCUUUAUGGAGUUCUCUAUCAUUUAUCAUGCCUGAAAAGAUGGAUGAUAAUUCACAUGUUACUUUCAUGGCUGGAAAUGGUUUAGGCAUAUGUUCUAAUCCUUUAGGGGAACAUAUAGAUACAGAUGUUUGUGAUGUAAAGGUUUCAAACAAAUUGACCGGGUGCUCUGUUCGGGACCUGAUGAGGCGAAAGAGAUGCAAUAAAUUUGAAUCCCCCGAACAGGAGUCUGUCAAGGUCAAAAAGAUUAUUGCAGAAAGAGAGAAAAAAACAGAUGCCUGUGUUUUUCCAGAAGAUGAUAUGCACGAGAAGAUGUCCCUCCAUUCUCUUGAUUUCAGACCAUCAUUUAGCAAUAGUGAAGCUGGAUUUUGUGAAACUGGUGCUAGGAGAUCGACUUAUUUGGAAUUUUCCAUGGAUGAUACAGUAUCCUUUCCGUUCAGGAGUGAAAGCACAUCACAUGUUGGUGCACCCUCAUCCACAGUGGAAAAGGAAGCACAAUGGACUUCUAAUCCCGAGAUCAAGCAAGAAUCUGCAGUUCCCUUUCAUCAAUGCGAACCUUAUAAUAGAAAGGACUCUGACUUUAGAUUUAAGCUUGCUGGAUCCACAAGAUGUGGUGUCUACUGCACCAAAUCAGGCUCUUUCUCUGGUGUUGAGCAACUGGAAUUUAAUACCAAGGAUAAACCCUUAAUGAAGGAGGGAAUGCAGAAACUAGAUGCAGUUGGUCCAAGCUGUUUUACACCUUUGAUCGUCCAUCAGGAAAUGCUUGAUGAAGAUAAAUGCUUACAAAAUCAUGAUCAAGAAACCAAAAAGUGCAUGGAGUCGGCAUAUAAUGUCUCUGAUAACAAACUAAAGGACAUAGAUACAUCAAUAGAUAUGAGGACUUGCAGAGAUAUGGCAGAAGAUGGUUCAUGCUUGAUUGGCUUGACCUUAAGGAAGAAAUCUCCCACUUUGGAUCAGAGUUUUUCAGAAAAUGAAUCAUAUCUGCUUGCUAACCCUUUCCAAGAUUCUCAUGUUGGUGGGAAGAAUUACAAAGAAACAUCAGGGAGAUCUUCGGAUGAAAUUCUUCCAUUCUUUGAUGAAGACUUGGAAGGAUGGAAGGAGGUCCAAAGCAAGUGCCUUGGAAAUAUCAUGUGCGAUAAUGUCCAUCAGGAAGCUGUCAUGGGUGUCCCUACUCACUUUCAAAAUGAUGGCUCUUUUUUAUACCUGUUACUUCUGUAUUUUCACCCCCUUCAGCGGAUUGUGUAUCCACGUGGCUAAUGCAACAUGCUGAAGGUUUUUCUGAACAGGUAAAUGCAGCGCCGGAGCCAUUGCCUUUGAAAGCCUCUUAUGACUGUUUGACUGCUUCACAAGGCCCGUUGUGUGAUGAUUGUAGCGAGGCUAUCAUGGAAUCUGGUUCUAUAUCUCAUGUGAGGGCUAUUAGACCACUGCUUCAGGAAAA